GUUCUUCGAAUAACUGAGACAUUCUGCCAAAACUCCGCAUAAAUUAUAAAAACACGAUCAAAUUUCUGAAAAUACCGGCCAUGUCACAAAAUCCACCUCCAUUACCACCCCGUCCUAAUAAUAUGGAUACAAGCGAACAUAUGGAAUUUUCAGCACUUGGAAAAACGCCUCCUGCUUGGCUUCAUGAUUUGAUACGUUAUAAUCCUGGAGAGGAUCACCAACACGAGUUUUAUUUAUCUAUAGAAUUCGAUAACGACGUUGAAACUGUAUUUUUGUGUCAAGAAUGUCACUAUUGGUUUUUUUUAACAACCACUCCGAAUGCGAUAAUGGAACAAUCAAAUUGCGGGUUUGAAAAUACUUUACAUCACCUUCAUACGACAACUACGACAAAAACAUCUAUAUCGGCUAAAUGUUGUGUGUGUAAUCUUGCUGUGAAUAUCGAAAUUAAAGAACCUUUUAUCGACUUGAGGUUAUUUAAUGAUUUGGGUAAAUUAAGGAAACAUUCGUACGCGAAUGCUAUAAAACAUGCUGAAUUUGAAUAUAAAACAAAUUUAAUCGAUACCAUUGAAAGUAUGAUAAAAAUACUUAGUAAUAUAAUUGAUGAAGAUUUACAAACUCUAGAAUUCAACUGUAAUAAUUUUGAGAUGGAUAAAGUGAGCCAGGCUUUAUUUGAAAAGCUUGGGUUCAAAUUAAUAGACGACAGUCUCAAUCCACCCGAUUUUCCUUUGUCUGAUGAUGAGAAGCGGAACAUUAAAUUAACAAGGGAAGAGUUAUUAAUGAUAUCUUAUAAGUUGAAUAAGUAUUCGAAAUACUCUGCAAAAAAACCGUAUGAAAAGUUGAAUAAUGUCCUUGGAACGUCAUAUAAAGCUCUUUUCGCCGAUUGUUCGAAUUUUGACCCAGAAUCUGGAUAUUCAUUACACUCUAGCUGCUUUAUCUUAGGAUGUGUUCCUGAUAUGGAUGAUCAAACUUUAAUAUGGGCAUAUAAUUUAGGAGUGCAAGAGGUUCCAGAAAAAGCUCCAGAAUACUUGCAGGCUAUAUAUGAAAUGUCAAAAGAAAGGAAAAGCGAAGCUCUAGAAGAGCUAGUCGCCGUAGAAAAAUCUAAAGGUAGAUUUCAUGAAGAGGAUAUCAAAGAAGCUUAUAAAUGUUUAAACGUUGGAGAUGUUGAUGGUUCCACUGUUUCCGACGAAUUUCUAAUCGAUACUUAUAGCGUAUUAAAUACUGAUAAUCCUUCUUCAAGAGCAAAAUACCGAGAGGCUUUGAAUAUUAUUGGAAAAGCUAGAAAUAGUACAAAAAUAUUACGUUCUGUUAAUGAAGGGCCAGUAAACGAAAUGCCUGAUUAUCUUUUGGAAAUGCCAGUGGGGUUAGACAACAUUGGGAAUACAUGUUAUCUCAACUCUUUGUUACAGUAUUAUUUUACAAUACGACAAUUACGUACAGCUGUUUUAGCCACUGAUUCAUCGGGUUCUAAUGGCUAUGAAUUAGACUGGCAAUCUAUAACUAUUGGUCAUAGAAAGGUGUCAAAAUCCGAGGUUAAAAGAGCAAAACAAUUUGUUAAUCUUUUGCGAGGACUAUUUGUAAAUUUAAUACAUACAACACAGAGAUCUAUCUCUCCAGAUAUAGAUUUAGCAUAUUUGGCUCUUGUCAAUGCCAAAAAUGAUGAUGAUGAAUACAAAGAUACGUCAAAAUCUCCUAUGGAUGACAACAAGAUGGCUAUUGAUGAUUCAAGUCCAGGUCCGUCAUCAUCCAAGACCGUAGAUAAUGGUAAUUCAGAUAUUUAUACAGUAUCUGAAGAAGUAACUGUAGAAAUAGAAGGCACAGCACUUUCAGUAGACGAUAGAAUUGUCCCCGACCAUUUUUAUAAUGAAUCAAAUACAUCGCAUUCUUUAAAGGGAAAGGAAAAAGAAAAUACUGGGCCAGAAUUGUCAUCUGAUUUUUAUAACACCUCCAAAGAAGAUAAACUUAGAGCGGCCUCAGAAAUGCUGCUUGGGAGACAGCAAGAUGUUACCGAAUGUAUGGACAAUGUGAUGUUUCAACUCGAAGCUGCAUUGAAAUCGCUUCCUAUGACUGAUGAAAAUGGCGAUGAACAAAAUAUUAUCAAGAGUUUAUUUUAUGGCCAAACAAGACAAAUUCUCCACAAAAAACAAAAUAGUGGUGAACUAUUGACAAAAGAAGAAUCAUUCAACCACCUGAUUGUAGUUGCCGCUGAUGGACGUGAUCUUUAUGAUGGACUGGAUGUUUAUUUUGAUGCGUCACUGGUUGAUUAUGAUGGCACUCAAGUGAUAAGAGAAGUUACUAUUACUAAAAUACCUCCUAUAUUACAAAUCCAUGUUCAGCGUGUGCAAUUUGAUCGAUCCACGUCCAAUAUUUAUAAAUCAAAUGCAUUUCUUCGGUUUGACAAGGUUAUUUAUCUUGAUAGAUACUUAGAUAAGAAUUAUGAACUGUUAAAACAAAGACGACAAGAAGCUCAUAAUUGGAAACAGGAUAUCGAUAGACUGCAAGCGGAACUUAAUGACUAUGAGCAGGAUAAGACAACCAGGUUAUCUAAGGUCGAUUUACUUAAAUUGACUGCCGAUUUCAUUCAUGAUGAAAUGAAAAAUGACAUAAUAGACGAGAAUUCAUUGGUUGCUGUGGAACAAGAAAGUAAUCUUGUUAAAGAAGAAUCUGAAGAAUAUCAUAACAAAAUAUCACAAUUAAAGUCUCAAUUAAGCCAACAUUAUCAAGAUUUACAGGAAUGCGCAUAUCGCUUACAUGCUGUUUUCAUACAUAGUGGUCAAGCAAACUUUGGCCAUUAUUGGAUAUACAUAUUUGAUUUUGAAAAGGAUCGAUGGUUAAAGUUCAAUGAUUCAUAUAUAACAGAGGUAGUAGAUCAUGAGGUCUUUGCUGAUACCACAGGUUCUUCAGCAAAUCCCUAUUGUAUGGUUUAUGUUCGAGCACAAGAAGCCAAAGAAUUAGUAGAAACAGUAUGCCGACAGACUAAUUGAAAAUUUUAUUAGUUUAAUUAUGCAUUUUCCAUACUUUUGAAUUAAAAUUGAUUUAUGAUAGUGAAUGUAAUUUAUGGUGCUUCUUUUAUUAAAUUUUAUGCUGUUGAUGAUAAUACCAAAAUAAUUUUAAUUUAAAUGGAUG